AUGGCUCGACGUCUCCACGUGAUCUCGCGACAGCUCUGCCCGGAAGCAGCGGCAAGCGAAGCAAGCGAAAGCGAGUCGAAAUCUCUCGCGGAGAUCGUCUCAGCAGCUCUCGAAGAUGCGGGAAAGUACACGGCGGAUAUGGACGAGCUGAGAGCCGGCGGAAAGAUGCCUGAGAGCACGUACUAUGACUUCAUGCAGGCUACCAAUCACCUUCUUCUGGUCAACGCAAAGAGAGACCUGGUCCCGCUGCUGCACGCUUCCGAGGAAGAAGGCGGCCUGGAAUUGACCAAAGUCUUGCCCGGGCCAUGGGAUGAAGCCCGCAGCAUCUCAGAGAAGGUUGGACUGCUGCAGGAAGUGCAGAAAGCUUUUGCACGGGGCAGCAACGUGCAGCAAAUUGCGGCCUGGCAGCAGCAGUUUGGCAAACGUGGCCUCAGCAGCAACUUGGCCGUGCCACAGGUGGUAAACCGAGGGUCGGGCAGCCAGAUCGUCACCCGUGUCGACACCCGAGUCAUCGUAGCUGACCCGGACGAUGCUGCUAGACUUUCACGGAUACAUGUGCAGAAGGACGGACAGUUUGAGGCUGCACUGAUGUCGAGCGUGAUAUCCACAACAGACAACACGGAAUGGAGUGCUCAACGGAAGCACUUGACGGAAGCAUUCUUGCCUUUGUCUUCCUUGGCCCAGAUCAUGCCAGUGUCUUUCGCUCGAGCUGCCAGCUGUGCUGAAAGACUCAUGGCCGCGGCCACCGGCGGCACGCCAGUAGACAUGAGCGAUUUCUUACUGCAUGAGGCGCAAGCCCAGUUGCAGCUGGCUUUGCUCGGUUUGCCAGAGGAUCUCAUGAACAGCGUGAAUGCUGAAAUGCGUUCUGCGUUUCACGGAAACCCAGGCAGCAACAAGAAGAAUGCGCUUGCAGACGCCAUGUCCAAGAUAAUAGCAAGCCUCGAGAAGCAAGACCUGACACUUCCGAGCUCAGGGUGUCCAAUGAAAGGCCCUCUGUCGAAAGUUUUGCGCACAGCUGAGCUCUCACCCGCGAGCUUCUAUGGCAACUUGCUGCUAAUCCUAUUUGCAGGACAUGACACGACCGGACACACGAUGACCUGGCUCUUGUUUGAACUUGCUCGCAACCCACACAUUCAGAGUUCUGUGCAGGCUGAAGUUGACGACUUCUUCAAAGGGUUGGAUGGACGAGACCCGAAUUACCAAGACCUCAGUCGACUUCCGCUCUUGGAUAGGUGCAUUACUGAAACAUUGCGUCUUUGGCCGGCUGUUGCCAAUGGAACGUUUCGCCGACUUCAGUUUGGAGAUACUGUGAAAGGUGCAGAUGGAGGGGAGGUGUAUCUGCCCAAAGGAACACUGGUCAACAUUGUGAAUUGGUCGAGACACAGGAAUCCGGAGAUUUGGGGUCAGGAUGCAGAGGACUUCAACCCAUAUCGAAACUUCGAGGCUUCUGAACUGGCUCACGUGGGCUGCCCGAUGGCUGCUGUGAACCCUCAAUCGCCGCGCUUUUCGCCCUUUGCACACGCGCCUCGCAGCUGUUUGGGGCGAAACUUUGCACAAAUGGAAAUGCGCGUCAUCAUGCUGAAUCUACUCCGCAGUUUCAGUUUCAGCCUGGCGCCGCCCUAUGAUGCGCUCUAUUCCUCCAAGAUCAGCACGACGGAGCUUAGCACCUUUCAUGGUGUCAACCGCUUCACCAUGGGCCCGCUCGAUAUGGAGCGCCAAGGUUGGGGCGAGCGGUUCGUUUCCGGUAGCAGUGCUCACGGGCACGCAUGCUUCCUUGCAGCCAUGGGGAAGCGUCUCGAUUUCUACACUGUCCUAGAGAUCAGCAAGGAUGCAAGCGUCGAAGAGAUUCGCAAGGCAUACUUGCGGGCAGCCUUGCGAUGGCAUCCAGACAAGAAUCCGGAGGAGAAAGACUUCGCCGAGACAAUGUUCAAAAGGGUGGCCCAGGCAUACAAGGUGCUGAGCGAUGACCUUCUGUGUUCGCGCUAUAAUACCUCUGGAGAGGGCGGUCUUGGGCAUGGUUGGUGGCCUGAUGAUCCUGAAGCAAGUCGGGACAUGGCCUACCAAUUCUUCAUCCAUCGCGUUCCCGGCAAAUCCCUGAUCGAAGGCUUCAGCGAGGCCAAGCUUCGAGAGAUCUUCCCGCAUCUUUUCGGACGUGGCCGAGUGAUGAACAAGACCAAGCCACCCGAGCGCAGCCCGUUGUAA